ACGGAAACACAAAGGAAACUAAGUGUUUGUACACAUGGAUGUUUAUUAUGGGAUUUUUGCCACUUCUCUCUUCAGGGGGCUUCACUUCCGGUGUCGUCACAGCUGCUGCAGCUGCACAGAAGAACGGCUCUGUUCUUCGCAAGAGAUGAAUACUGCGCUGUGUUAGCUGGCUCAGCUAACAGGCUAACAGGCUAACACCCCCCUCUCUGCCUGUCGUUACCUGCCGGCCCAACACCGCUUACCGGGCUGGUUCCACAUUCGUCUCUGGGUCACGAUGAGCAGCCUGCGUGUGCUCACAUCCAGCGGACUGAGCUGUGCGCGGAGCCUCCUUCCCUGCUAGCUAGCGUUAGCUCCACGGAGCCACUGUAUGUGUGUGUGGCCCGCUCUGCCUGCAUCAUCCCCGGGACUGGUACACUUCAUUCCGCUCAGGUAACCGACACAUCCUCGGAAUCGAUCUGUGCUCGCUGCUGUGUGGUCGGUGAACAGCUCAGAUACUGAGCCCAGCAAGCAGGUGGUACUACAGAACCGCAGGGUUAGGGUUUUACUCUGCUGACCUGCUCUGCAGCUGCUGCUUUCCCAGGUCAAAUGUGUGAUCCAUGAGCAGAAAUGAUCAUCCUAACUGUCAAAAAAUGAAAACAGGUCUUGACGCUGCUGCCACGGGUCCGAUGCCACGACUGACACAGACAACCCUGAAGCGCAUGCAUGUUUGUUUACACCUGUAAUGUCUGUGAUCACAGCGGUUAAACAAGCUGAGCCUCUAGUGCCCUCCAGUGAAGAAUACAUUUCACUGUAUUUGUUAUAAUCAAUCAUCAUGCUUUUAGUUGUCUAUUGAAGAAAAGCAUACAGCUUAGACACAUCACGAUGAAUCUGUUACGUCUGGUUUGCCGCCACAAAACAGCCCUGGUCCUCGGCACUGUUUGCAGCUUUGCCAUAGUUCUUGUCUUCUUGGCCAAGUGCACCUCAGAAACCUUGAAACAGGGCCACCCGGAUCCUCCAGGCUUGGCCCCUCGUGCCAAUGUUUUGCAGUCCCAUCCAGAGCAGCACAACCCCCUCUCUACAGCCAAAGACUUGUCAGCAUUCCUCGUGGUCCUUAUCACAACCGGACCCAAGUACACCGAGCGGAGGAGCAUCAUCCGAAGCACCUGGCUUGCCAAGCGGGACUCCGAUGUUCUUGCCAUGUUUGUGGUGGGAACUCAGGGCCUUUCCAAUGAGGACAUGCAGAACAUCAACACAGAGCAAGGGCGGCACAAAGACCUGCUCCUACUGCCCGACUUACGAGAUUCUUACGAGAACUUGACAAUGAAGCUGCUCCACAUGUACUCCUGGCUGGACCAGAAUGUGGAGUUCAAGUUCGUCUUCAAAGCGGAUGAUGACACAUUUGCUCGCUUGGACCUCCUCAAAGAUGAACUGAAGUUAAAAGAACCCAGCCGGCUCUACUGGGGCUUCUUCUCAGGGAGAGGCAGGGUGAAAACAGCCGGCAAGUGGCGGGAAAGCGCCUGGGAACUUUGUGACUACUACCUGCCCUAUGCACUGGGCGGGGGCUACUUCCUCUCAGCCGACCUGGUGCGUUACAUACAUCUCAACGUAGGUUACUUGAAGACGUGGCAGAGCGAGGACGUGUCGCUGGGGGCCUGGCUGGGACCAGUGGAUGUCCGGCGGACGCAUGACCCGCGCUUUGACACAGAGUACAAGUCGCGUGGUUGCAACAACAAAUAUCUGGUCACACAUAAGCAGAGCCUGGAGGACAUGCUGGAGAAACACCAGACUCUGCAGCGCGACGGCCGGCUCUGCAAGGAGGAAGUCAGGCUGCGACUGUCCUAUGUGUAUGACUGGAGUGUGCCACCCUCACAGUGCUGCCAGAGGAAGGAUGGCAUUCCUUAAAUCUGAAACCAUGGAAGUUGGCUUUUGAUUUGUGUCGUCUUACUCUGUGAAAGUAAGGGAUAAGGUUUUUCAGCCAAUUCAGGACUAUUACAUGGUUUUAAUGUUGUGUAAUAGGUACCAUACAUUACAUUGUAAAAACAUGAAUUCUGUUCAGACACCUCAUUUCUAGUUAAAAAAACAACAACACUUGAUUGAGUUCUUUACAGAUCUUUUUUCCAUCCAGGACAGAGGAUCUAGAUGGAUAUUGGUUUUAAUAGUCUCCAUGGUAAUUCAGAACAGGUCUGAGAAAUACAUAUAUAGAGAGACUGGAGUGGUUUUUAGAGCUAGUGUUCUUUGAGAAAAAGUCAUUAAAUUAUACUAUUUUUUGUUUCCAUAAACAGAAUAAAGGAUCAUAAAAGUGUUCAAGAGGUGAAAGGAAAAAAUCAAUCUCCACUACAAUGGGGUUUUAUAAGCACAAAUCUUUAACUUCAAAUGGCUGAUAAAUAUUAUCCAUUGACCCUGAAUCAGAAGCCAUCUUCCACCUUCUCUCUCUGUUGACCUGUAAACUCCUUUGGCCUUGUUACUUAGACCCAUGAUAAUGUCGGCGAUCUCCUUGGCACCAUGGCGGUGGCCUACUUCUCUCACCUCUCUGUGCUUCUUCUGCUGUACCUCUCGCUAAAUAUCGUCCAACUUGAUGUGUGGAGUUUCUUACGUGUCGUAGAUAGAAGUGGGAAACGCAGAUGGUAGUAUUUAACCCUGCCAUGAUGUUCUUUUUUGUGAAAGCAAUGUUUUUGUAUUUAAUUUAUUAUUAAUUUAUUCUUCAGCAAAAGACCACACUGGUACUGGGUCGCGACAGGAGCACAGUGGAUGGAGUUUGCUGUGUGUGAGUAGAAUAUGUAUUUAUAAACAUGGGGGGGAAUCAUGUAAUUCACAUAACUAAUGGAGAAGAAAUGUUCCCAUGUGAAUGUUUACGGUACAUGAGGUUUAAGGUGUUUGGAGUUGCACAGAAUGUGUUAGAGGAAAUGGUCGAAUGUGUUUUAUUCAGCAGGCCUUCUCACUCAUUAUACUGGAGCCUUCAUGAGGAGUCUAGGAUGAUAUUUAAAUCCAUGUAAUGUCUCCUGAUUCACAACACUACUUUUUCUUAAUGGAAAUUUCAAGUUUGUGAAUGUUUAUUUGUAGCACACCCCAGUUACAGGCCAAGUCCAUGUUAAAACUUUCUUGUUAAACAGUAUACCACUGGAAUUAAGUCGUGACUGAUGAGACUCAAUCUGGAAUCAAACAUGCAUGACUGCAUCAUCACUUCCAAAGGUCUCCACUUAUGUCCGUCCAGACGAAACCCCAGAGUUUUCAAAAUAAAACAGAGCCAGCAGCAUUUCCAACAGUCUCCAUUUCAGGGCGUAUGUGUUUGUUAUGUUUUGGUUUCAAAAAGCAUCUUCAACUUUUGAUACCUUUACUGGCGCCCACACUACUUUGGAGUUGUCAUGUUUCUAAAAUGGAGACUUUUGGAAAUUAUGACGAAUACACCCUGGUGGGAUUCAUCAGUGACAACUCAACUACCAGCCGUGAAUGCAAAGUUUUUACUAACUUCAGUAUUUCCACUUGGUCAUUGGAUCAAGAAAAGACAUUUCUGGAUUUUUUUUACCAAUGCAGUUUUUCUUCUGUUUUCAUAGUAUUUUCCUGCCACUAACCAACUGACAGACGAGAAGACAAUCUGCUUCCUGGUAACACCUGUAAACGCGUGACAAGUGUAUGUUUAUGGAUAUGUUAUAAAUGUUUUCAGGUGUGUUAUUGUGUACAAAGAUUAUUUAUGACCCGAGCUAAAACACUCGCCUGGACAGAGAUUGUUUUUUGAAACGCUUUUUUAAAAAUGAAAAUGUGUUAGUGUGGUCGUAGCUGGAGAAACCUAGCAGCUGGCACUUUGUCACUUUUUAACUAAGUAAAGGUCCAUAAGUCAUUAUUAUAGACUUAUUUUAUCUGAUGUAAAGCGCUAUAACCUUAACUCACUCCCUGAUGUCAACAACUGAGUCUCAGAACAUGUGAAAUGUGUACAGCAGCUUUGAAUAAAGGAGACGACGAGGUUCAGGAAAUAAAGAGUCGCAAGUUUCAUUCCUGCGGCUGCUGUUCUGAUUAAUCCAAUUUCAGUGUUUGCUUUUUGGUCAGCCUCCCUGGAUGUUUUAUUAUCCUGUUGCUUAUAUUCUCCCUCUAUCUAUAUAUAAAACAUUUUUGGAAGGAGA